AUGUCGAUCUCCGGUGGUGCUGUCGUCGCCGGCGGGAACAUGGGGAGGAGCCACCUGUACCUCGGCGAGAACCGUGUCUACUACCCGCCACCGUUGCGGAAAUACAGAGAAGAACAGGAACAUGAGGAGGAGCAGAGGUCAACGUUGUCAGAGAACAGACCCGGUUCAUCUUCAGAUUGCUCUGUUUCUUCGAGUGGAACAACGUGUGAUGUCUCCAACUUGUGUCGGUUUUUGGAGCACACCACGCCACAUGUUCCCGCCCAAUAUUGUCGGUCAAGAGAGUGUGACUCUGAAUCAUCUAGAGAGACAAGCAGGGAUAGCAGCAAUGGCUGUUCUGAUGAAAAAAGGACAAAGAGUGUUCAUGGCACUUGGAACCAACCUAACUCGUCGGAUGCAAGCAAUCACAGUUCAAAAAGAGUUUCACUAAGAAGUAAACCUUCAACAAGUGAUGAGACCGAGAGCAGCAACCCACCCGGUCAGCUUAUAUUUGAAUACUUCGAGCACGAAAUACCUUAUAAUCGUGAGCCAUUAGCAGAUAAGAUUGCUGACCUUGCAUGUCAGUUUCCCGAGUUGAAGACAUACCGAAGCUGUGAUCUUUCCCCAGCAAAUUGGUUGAAAGCUUCUGUCUGGGAUCUUGAUGAGGUUUCUGAAGGUCAAAAAGCCGAUUCUCUGUUGCGAGCCGCUGAUAACUUUCAAUUUGCUUCAAGCCUUUAA